AUGGACAGUGGUUGCACCAACACCACCAUUUGUAAAGGUAAGCUCAUGCAUGGACUACGUCAAGCUGAGAAAGAGCUUGAUAUGCACACUAACGUGGCCAGCAGAGUUCUUGAUGAAGAAUGGUUUCUAGGAAGAUUUCCGUCUCCAGUCUAUUUUGAUGAAGACAGAAUUGCCAAUGUACUUGCUAUGCGCGAGAUGAUUGCUGCGGGAUACUGCAUUACCAUGGAUACUGAUUUUGACAAUGCCUUUGUUGUGCAUUGCGAUGGAGACAGACAGAUGCGAUUUGUGAAUCGUAAGGGUGUAUAUGUGCUGGAGCAACUUGGAGUGGAUGUCAAACCAGGUGCCAAAGAGACAAGUGCGAUGUAUCGUCGCCAGUUAAGCAGCGUAAAUAAACAACCCCAUUUCAAAUGGAUAUGCUGGACUCGGGAUGACCUCCAAGAUGGCAACUGUUCAAAAGAACAAGGAAGGAUUCACUCCAAGACAAGUCAAGGCUGCGAUGGAAGCAAGAAGUGCAAUGUACAUACUCAAUGCUCCAAGCACCAAAAGUCUGAAGAGUAUGUGAUCCGAUCUGGUCUCAUCAAGAACUUUCCUAUCACUGAAGAAGCAAUCAACCAUGCCGAAGCAAUCUUUGGACCUGACACAUCUACAUUGAAAGGCAAGUCGACAAGACCAACUCCGAAGAAGACACACGAUGACUUCAUCAGUCCACCAGAGGAAUUGUACCAACACAAUCGAACAAUUACCUGCUCAUGUAUUCCCAUGCAGAACCUCAAUACUGGCCCUGUAUUUGAAGCAUUGGAUAAGAUAUUCCGCCGCUACAAUAAGGCAGGCUUUCAUGUCAAGACGAUCAAGUGUGAUCAGGCCUUCAUCCCUCUGACAGAUGAUAUGCUAGACGAUAUGGGUGUUACUAUUGACCCGACUGCAGCUGGAGACUACGAGCCUACAGCUGAGCAAAACAAUAGGACGCUGAAAGAGAGAGUUAGAGUAGCUCUUGCACGAUUACCCUACAAAGUGGUCCCAAAGGUGAUCACUGAAUGUCUUGGACGUCGAGCCGCCGAGCUAUUGAAUGUCUUUCCCCAGAAAGACAGUAUUUCCUCACAUUUCAGUCCGCAGCAACUCAUUGAUAAUGUCAAUAUCAACUACAAGAGUGACAUGGUUGCUGAGCUUGGACAAUAUGUUCAUGCAAUUGGGACGGAUUCCAUCAAUUCAAUGGAACCGCGAAGCAUCAAAACAAUCUACAUUGAACCUACAAAGGGACAACUACUACCCGUUACCGACCAAGUGAUCCAGCGUGUUGAAGCUUGGGCUGCUGCCAAAGGUGAUACUUUCAUGAAGUUCUUUGAUAAGAAGAGAGAUUUGGAGACAUUUCAAGAUGGCAAUCAAAUCGCAGGAGUGGAUGACACGGAACAGGGUUACUUAGAAGAAGCCUUUGAUCAGGACUAUGAACCUGAAGAUGAAGAUGAACUCGAUUUCAACCUACAUGGACAAUUCGAUGAUAUCGAUGACUCCAAAAGAAAUGAGCUCUUGGUAGAUGCAGACAAUGAUGUCGAUGAUAUGCCAGAACUCACUGUGAGAUUCCAAGGAGAUGAUGACUAUGAAUCAGAUGACGACAAUUUGGGUGAUGAAGAGGAAGAAGUUAUUGUGGCCAAUUUGGAUCACCAUUAA